UGGAUGAUAAGGUUUAAACUCUAGAUACACGCUUGUGUCACAAGAUUAGUGGUUUGAUAUUUCGCUUUAUUUAUCUUGAAUGAUUGGGCUCGUCUUGUUUACGAGAUUAUUUUCAAGAUGGCAGCGCCCAUCCUGUCAACAUUGUUCUUCGGAUUUGUUAUAAGAAUUUACUUGUUUAAUACCCCGAUCGCAAAAUGGUGCGCUGGGAACAAUGAAAUCACAACACCAAUUACGUCAUGGAAGAGGGUGACAGAAGGUCUUUCAUUGUACAACAGUGGUAUAUCGCCAUAUGCGGGAGAUAUAUUUCAUGAGACACCUCUGAUUUUGAAGUUUUUCAACUACACCGUGAAGAAAAUGCCUGGGCUUGUUGACCUAAUUUUUGUACUAACAGAUAUUUUGACAGCUUUUGUUCUGGAAAGGUCAGUGAAGUUUAUCAGUCAGUACAUGGCUUUACAACAGCACAAACGUGAGAGACAAUUUGCCAAAGAUGCAGAAAAAAUUAAGAUCAGCUUUGAUGACUUGAUGUGGAGGAGGGUGUACGUUGUACUGGCGUACCUGUUCAAUCCAUACACUAUUGCUACUUGCCUGGCAAAGUCCACAGCUGUAUUUAAUAACCUGGCCAUGGCAGGGACGCUGCUUUUCUCCAUCAAAGCCCGACCUAACAGAAGAGUUGCCAUGUUUUGCCUGGCCAUUGCAGCAUACCAGUCUCUGUAUCCGGUGAUGUUGCUGGCCCCAGCCGCAAUUUGCUUUGUGCAGAAUGACCUUGGUUUUAAAUUCAAAUGGACCAGUCUUAUAGCCAUCAAGUCAGUGGCCAGGACGUGUGGUUGGUUCGCGUUGUGGAUGUCUGGUUUACUACUCUGGUCAUUUUGGAUAGAGAAGUCAUGGAAUUUCUUAUAUUCCACUUACGGCUUUGUACUGACUGUCCCAGAUCUUACACCCAAUGUUGGAUUGUUCUGGUACUUCUUCACAGAGAUGUUCGAACACUUUCGUCUCUUCUUCGUCUGCGUCUUUCAGAUUAAUGCAUUUAUUUACACUGUGCCCCUGAGCAUCAAGCUCAAGGACCACCCAGUGUUUUUGAUGUACAUUUUGAUGAGUAUAAUAGCUGUGUUUAAAUCUUAUCCAUCCUAUGGGGACACAACACUAUAUAUAGCCCUUUUACCUGUAUGGUAUUUUACAUUUGAGUUUCAAAGGAACAGCUUUGUGAUUGGCUGUAUGUACAUCAGCACAACGGUGCUGGCACCUAUACUUUAUUACCUGUGGAUUUAUGCAGGAAGUGCAAAUGCCAACUUUUACUUUGCUGUCACGUUAGUGUAUAACACUGCUCAAAUUUUCUUGAUCACAGACAUCUUGUUUGCAUUCCUUAAAAGAGAAUAUCACCUGAUUCAUGGACUUAAACCCAAAGAUUAUGAUGGCAAACCAGGAGUAGUGCAGCUAGAGUAAAAAAAAAA